AUGCUCGGCGCGUCACUUCUACGUUCCAUUUCUGGCUUGUGCCGCGAGUGCUGCCGCAGAUGCAUCUCCUCAAAGCAGCUAAUUUACGAAAGCUAUGGCAAUCCGCCCGAGAUGCUGCAGUUGGCAACGAAAGAAUUGGGAAAAGUGGGCGUUGGUGAGGUGCGAGUGCGUUGGAUGGGUGCACCAGUUGAUCCAGCCGAUAUCAACCAGGUGCAAGGAUUCUAUCCCGUACAGCCACCACUGCCCGCCGUUGCUGGAAUCGAAGGUUUUGGCGUAAUUGAAGAG